UUAAGAAGGAAAGUUACAAAGAUAAACGUCACUACUCGUGCUGCUGAGCUGACCCUUCAACACGUAUUAUUGUUAUCGUAUAUAUUAUAUAUGUGAGUGUGUUUUUCCUGACCAAGAAGAUUGAAAGAAAAAUGAUAGUGAAGGCAGAGAAAAGUAUGACUGAGGGAGGUAGGGAAGACGGAGAUGUUGUUGGUGUUGGGUUGAAGCAGCACUUUGUGCUUGUACAUGGCAUAGGUGGGGGAAGUUGGUGCUGGUACAAAAUCCGAUGCCUUAUGGAGAAUUCUGGCUAUAAGGUGUCAUGCAUAAACCUGAAAAGUGCUGGAAUUGAUCAAUCUGAUGCAGAUUCUUUGCUAUUCUUUGAUGAUUAUAAUAAACCUCUAAUGGAUUUCAUGUCUUCUUUGCCUGAGAAUGAACAGGUUAUAUUGGUGGGGCACAGCGCUGGAGGCUUGAGCAUUACUCAGGCCUGUCACAAGUUUGCAAAUAAGAUCCGUUUAGCUGUUUAUGUGGCAGCCACUAUGCUCAAAUCGGGAUACUUGACCGAACAAGAUCUCAAAGAUGGUGUGCCUGACUUAUCUGAAUAUGGGGAUGUGUACGAGCUAGGAUUCGGAUUGGGACGUGAUAAGCCUCCAACCAGUGCUUUGGUGAAGAGAGAAUUUCAACGCAAAAUCCUCUACCCUUUGAGCCCUCAAGAGGAUUCAACCUUGGCUGAGAUGCUGUUGAGGCCAGGGCCAUUGGUAGCAUUGACGAGUGCACAAUUCAGAGAAGAGGGUGAUGAAGGAGUGGAGAAGGUGCCCCGCGUGUACAUAAGGACAAAGCAAGACAAGGUGGUGAAGGCAGAGCAACAGGAAGCCAUGAUAAAGAAGUGGCCACCAUCUACUGUGUAUGAACUGGACACAGACCAUAGCCCUUUCUUCUCUUCCCCAUUCCUUCUCUUUGGCUUGCUUCUAAAAGCUGCAGCUUUGGAUGUUUAAUUCCAUGCAACUGCUCUAUGAACACUGCUCUUCCAUGCUCUUUUCUUCGUUGCUCUCCAAAACUCUGAAUCAAUUUACUCAUUUAUGUAUACAUUAAUUGUAAUUAUCAUCAAUAAUAUAUAAAUUAUCAUACUAUAAAUCUAUCUCUCCCAAGAUUUGUUGGGUCAAUAUCAUAGACACAUUUUAUUUAA